AUGUACGCCAAGUCCACCUCUCUAACGACGAGGGGUCUACGUUUAUUCAGCUCAACAAAUGUGAUCCGAAACUAUGACUUGCAAUUGGCUAACGCUGCUGAAAAUGUGAAUGUUCUAUUGGAGAAGUCAGAUAGACUGUCUUACAUCUUGGCUCAGUACAUACCUGAGCCUGCUAGGAACGGGUUUUUGGCAAUCAAAGCAUUUGGAUUAGAAGCCAACAAGAUUACUGAUGGCGGAGCUGCCACGGGAUCAAGAGCCCUGAGAGCACUGAGUCAAUUAUCAUCUUCCAUGGGCUUGUCCACAGCCGAUAUGAAGUUCAAGUUCUGGUCAGAUAUGCUUUCAAAGGCAUUCACAGAUCAAGGAGAGAUUCAUGAGCCUACAAUCUUUCUCUUGAGAGACGCUUUGAGACAGGGGCUCAAUCUGGACAUAUCGUACUUUCAUCAGUAUCUUCAAACAAGAAGACUAUUUCUUCAGACUAAGCAAUUCAAGACAGUUGAUGAUAUUUGCUCAUACGGUGAAGGAACAACAUCACAGCUAAAUUAUGCUACGCAGGCGUUGCUUCUACUGCCUCUGAUAUCGCCCUCUGUGAUUCACUUGCUAGAGCUAUCUCCUCAGUUGCAAAGUACAGUUAGUGAUAUCGCUGCCCACAUUGGCCAGGCUACUGCGGUUGGCUCCAUGAUAUUGGGGUUCGAUUACUAUGCAUCUACCCGUAACAUCGUGACCAUGCCAGUUGAUCUCAUGACGAAGUUCGACCUUUCUCAGGAACUAGCACUUCGAUUAUCUCAGGGCCACAUCAAGGAUGAGAAGGAAAAGGCUGAGGCACAAGAGAAGCUCCAAAAUGUGGUGUUUGAAACGGCGGUCACCGCCAAUGACCAUUUACUCUCUGCUCGUCUGAAGCUCAAGCAAGUGAGAGAAGACAUUCAAAAACUUGUACAAAGCAAACCUCAUGACAACUUGCUCCAGAGGAGCCAGAAGAAGUGGAGAAAAGGGAUUCCAGAUGUCAUAUUUAUUCCCUUCAUGAAUGCAAUCCCUACUUCGCUUUACUUGGAAAAAUUGGAGAAGAACGACUUCAACAUCUACAGUCCCAAGUUGAAGCAGAAAGAGUGGCGACUUGGAUGGAGAUCGUUCCGCAACUACUACAAGAGAGCAAUUUAA